AUGGCAAGCAGCAAUCCGAUCAGCGAGUUCCUCUCACAGCUCACGCCGUCCAAGAGCAAGGACGAAGGGAAUGUGCAGGCCCAUUUAUCGUCUCUGGCGGACGGCGCCAAGUGGCGACUCGAAGACGAUCUACCGGCCCAGAAGAAGAGGGGAUUCCACCGUCACCAUCAACAUACGAGCUCGGAGGGAUUCCCCGAGGUACCACGGCAGUACCUUGUGACCACGCACUCGAAGGAGCAGAACUAUGCCACGUACGCUGCCAACUCGUACGCGUCGGCGAUUGCCAUUCAAGAAGCGAUGAAGAGGCGUCAGUUUUAA